AGAGGGAAACGGAACCCGACAGAAGUAGACAGACAGACAAACAAGAAUAAAAAGCCCGAAUCAAAAUCUCAGACAGCGUAAACGUGGAAAUGGAACAAAGCUAAAUGCCGCACGUUUCGAUUUCUCCCCACAAUUCCACAUUCGACGGCGGCCUUGUAGAGAACAACAAGGAGGAGCAACAAUGGAUUCCGAUGCCGGGAAGUCCGAUACCGUUGGGAGCUGGGCCAAGUUCCUCGCCACCUGCUUGAUCGGCGGCGUCGUCGUCGCCGCUAUUGGAGCCUCGGCUCUGGCCUCGUCCUCGUCGGAGCCCUACCAUGGCCCUCAGCUUCCGCUCACAAUCCGGUGGCGGAGUCUGAAGAAGAAGAAGAAGCCGGUGAGAGUCUAUAUGGACGGCUGCUUCGACAUGAUGCACUACGGCCAUUGCAACGCGCUCCGCCAGGCGCGUGCCCUAGGCGACCAAUUGGUCGUCGGCGUCGUCAGCGACGCCGAAAUCAUCGCCAACAAGGGCCCUCCGGUGACUCCUCUCAACGAAAGGAUGAUCAUGGUGAAGGCGGUGAAGUGGGUUGAUGAGAUAAUCCCUGACGCUCCUUAUGCUAUAACGGAGGAUUUCAUGAAGAAGCUGUUUGAUGAGUAUAAUAUAGAUUAUAUUAUCCAUGGAGAUGAUCCGUGUGUUCUUCCUGAUGGGACUGAUGCUUAUGCUCUUGCCAAGAAGGCUGGUCGCUAUAAGCAGAUCAAGCGUACGGAAGGCGUCUCUAGCACCGACAUUGUUGGCCGUAUGCUUCUUUGUGUGAGAGAGAGAUCCGUCAGUGACAGCCACAGUCACUCUUCGUUGCAAAGACAGUUCAGCCACGGUCAUGGGCAAAAGUUUGAUGAUGGUGGAUCUGGAAGUGGAACUCGUGUAUCUCAUUUUCUACCGACAUCUCGCAGAAUUGUUCAGUUCUCCAAUGGGAAGGGGCCAGGACAGGAUGCUCGCAUAGUUUAUAUAGAUGGUGCAUUUGACCUUUUUCAUGCUGGACAUGUUGAGAUUUUAAGAGUUGCUAAAGAGCUGGGAGAUUUCCUUCUUGUUGGGACACACACCGACCAGACUGUCAGUGCUAAGAGAGGAGCACAUCGGCCAAUCAUGAAUCUUCAUGAAAGAAGCCUUAGUGUUUUGGCAUGCCGCUAUGUUGAUGAGGUGAUAAUUGGUGCUCCAUGGGAAGUGUCUAGAGACAUGAUCACCACCUUUAACAUUUCGCUAGUUGUGCAUGGAACAGUAGCAGAGAAUAAUGAUUUUCAGAAGGAAAAUGGCAACCCAUAUGAUGUGCCAAUCAGCAUGGGCAUAUUUAAAAUUCUGGAGAGCCCUCUCGAUAUCACAACAACCACAAUAAUCAGAAGGAUUGUGUCCAAUCAUGAAGCAUACCAGAAACGUAAUGAGAAGAAGGCAGAAAGAGAGAGAAGGUAUUAUGAGGACAAGUCAUACGUAUCUGGUGAUUGAUUCAUGUGAGAAUGACAUCUUCCGAGUCUUUGGCUAGUCACUGCUUCCAAAGUUUCUAUAGUAUCUAGCAACAGUAUCACUAAUCGCGGACAAGUACCAGGUUGAGUUGGUUCGCACCCGACGUGGCUAUUCAUUUUUAUUGCUAAUUUGGGCUUUACAUGCAUUUGUUUUCGUUGUAUUUUCUGAUAAAAAUUUGAGAUAUGAUUUCAUAACCAUGGAGUUUUAGGAAAAAUAGAUGGCCAGGUGAAAUGAGAUCCAUACCAUUUUAGAGAUGUUCAAGAAGCCAUGUGCCUAUUUUUGACGAUAACACAGAUAUAAUAGUGUUUCUUGUUUUA